UCCCGGGAACAAAGCAAGAAAAAUCAGCGUAAUUUGGGAAAUAAACAGAAGCUGGGAAGGGAGGAGGUAGAGAAGAGUGGGGAGGACCCAGGUGGAGGGGGGGGGGCCUCUCCAGUCCCACCCAGUUUAGGGAAUGCCCCUGCCUUCUCCACCCCCCCUUCACCUGGCUCUUAAAGGGCCCGGCCCCCGCCGGCGGCUACUUAAGGCAGAGGGGCGGCGGCGGGCAGCAGCUGCGCUUCGGCUGCUCUGGGAAGAGUGGAAGGGGCAAAAAUCCCAAUCAUGAUCCCCGACAGGCUGCUGCCGCCACUGCUGCUAACUCUGUUGCUCGCUGCCCGCCCAGGAGGCGCCCUGGCACAGUGCCCGGGCUGUGGGCAGGGGGUGCAGACGGGUUGUCCAGGGGGCUGCGCGGAGGAGGAGGACGGGGGACCGCCAACGGAGGGCUGUGCGGAAGCUGGGGGCUGUCUCAGGAGGGAAGGGCAGCAGUGCGGAGUCUACACUCCUAACUGCGCUCCAGGACUGCAGUGCCAGCCGCCGGAGGAGGACCAGGCGCCUUUGCGGGCGCUGCUGCUGGGCCGGGGCCGCUGUCGCCGGGCUCGCACGCCCUCGGGGGAGAAUCCUAAGGAGAGUAAGCCCCAAGCAGGGACCACGCGCUCGCAGGACGUGAACCGCAGGGACCCACAGAAGAGUCCGGGGACCUCUACCACUCCCUCCCGGCCCAAUCCUGGGGGCGUCCAAGACACUGAGAUGGGCCCUUGCCGCAGACAUCUGGACUCAGUGCUGCAGCAACUCCAGACCGAGGUCUUCCGAGGGGCCCACACCCUCUACGUGCCUAAUUGUGACCACCGGGGCUUCUACCGGAAGCGGCAGUGCCGCUCCUCCCAGGGACAGCGCCGAGGUCCAUGCUGGUGUGUGGAUCGGAUGGGCCAGCCCCUGGCCGGGUCCCCAGACGGUGAUGGAAACGCCCCCUGCCCCUCCGGGAGCAGUGGCUAAGGCUGGGUGGGAGGCUGCAGAGCCACUGGCAGGAGCGUGGGGCCAUCAUCUUGGGUUAUUUGUUGAGUGAUGAGUAACUCGGAGGCCCAGCACUCUGCCUUCUGGCCUUGCCACAUUGUCCCCCUCACCCCAGGACCUCACGCAUGGAAAGAUUGUUGGUGUUGGCGUGGGGUAUUAAUAAAGCCGUGUUGGGGUCUCUG